GACAUUUGUUUAAGCCCUUUGAAAAAGAGAAAAAAUCAAAUAUAUACGAAGCUUUUUUGCUAUUCAAGUAAAAAGUUAGAAUUAUUUUUUUUACCUUGGUUACAAAUUUGCUAUACGAACUUGCGUAUUUUAUACGAGCGAUUCUAAAGUCUCAUCAAUUUGUCAGAAAAAAGUGUCAAAGAAAAGUUAUCAACGAUUAUCAAAACGAGAAACGCCUUUAAAAAAAUUUUCAAAAAAACACCAAUUUUUUAUUUUUUUACAAUUAUUAUUUUUUUCAUAAACGAACAUUUUUAUUUUUUAAAUUUUUAUAUUUUUAAAUAUUUUAUUUUUUACGUUAUAAAUUUUAAGAUUUUUUUUUAUUUUCUAAGAUUUUAUUAUAUUUUUAUUUUUCUUUUUUAUUUUUCUUCUUUUUAAAAAGAUAAAAAUAAUAAUUAUGAAGUUUAAUAAUCUAUUAUUAAUCAUAAACGUUUUGGUAACGUACUUGUUCGUUGCUAAUAAUAUUAUUAUUGAUGCUGUUCCACUAAUAUUAAGAGAUGCUUCCAAUGCUACUGAUGCUAAUGAUGGUAAAUGGGAAUUCGUUGGAAAAACCGGUGUAUCUGCUAUGCAUAUGACCCUUAUUCGACCAACAAAAGUUUUAAUUAUUGAUAAAGCCGGUAUAAACCCAGAAGCUUUAAUAGCAAAUGGAAAGUAUGCUUAUUCGACAUUAUACGAUUUGACCACAAAUACGUAUCGUAUAUUGAGUUUACACACAAAUACGUUUUGUUCGGCUGGUGCUUAUUUGGCCAAUGGAACAAUGGUGGAAACUGGUGGUGCUGAAGAUACUGCUGGUGAAAAAAAUGGUUUUCAAUCAGUUCGUUUGAUUGAUGGUUGUGAUGAUGGUAAUUGUGAUUGGUUGGAAUUUCCUUAUGAAUUGGAUUCUGCUAGAUGGUAUAAUACUAUGGCUUCUUUACCUGAUGGUCGUGUAUUUAAUAUUGGUGGUUCAAUAAAAGCUUGUGCUAUAAAUAGAAAAGAUAUUGAAAAUCCAACUUUUGAAUUUUUCCCAAAAGAACAUGAAAAAGGUCAAAAAAUUCAAUUUUUAGAGGAUUCUUUCCCAUUUAAUCUUUAUCCUACUGUUAUAGUUUUACCUGGUCCAAAAGGUCAAACUUGGUUAUUCUUAGCUGCUAAUAAGAAAGCUCAAAUUUGGGAUUAUACAUCAAAAGAAAUUGUUAAACAUUUACCUGAUAUACCAGGUGGUCCUCGUACUUAUCCUCUUACUGGUACAGGUGCUUUGAUUCCUUUAUCUUAUAGAAAUAAUUAUCAAGCUGAAAUUAUUGUUUGUGGUGGUGGUACUGAUAUGAAAGAUCGUAAUGCUCCUGCUGAAAAUACUUGUGAAAGAAUUAAUCUUGCUGAUAAAAAUCCUCAAUGGGAUGAAGAUGAAUUUGGACCUAAUAUGGAAACUGGUCGUUUAAUGCCUGAUGUUAUUCAUUUACCUGAUGGUAAAUUAUUAUAUGUUAAUGGUGCUGGAACUGGUAUGGCAGGAUGGGAUAAAAAAGCUACAAAUAAAACUCCAAGACUUCAUACUGCUGGUAAACCAACAAGGAAUCCUCUUUUAUAUAAUCCUCAUGUAAAGAAAGGUUCAAGAUGGAGUAAAUUCGCUGAAGAUCCAAUUGUAAGAGUUUAUCAUUCAUCUGCUACUUUAGUUCCUGAUGGUACAGUUUUCGUUGCUGGUAGUAAUCCAAAUAGAUAUUAUUGUGGUAUGGAUCAAUGUGAACAUCCAACUGAACAUAGAGCUGAAAAAUUCUAUCCACCAUACUUAUUAAAUGGAGUAUCUCGACCAACAAUUACAAAGGUUGCUGGACAUACCAAACUUAAUGAUGCUGAUGCAAUUCCUGUUAAAUAUGGACAAACAAUUUCUGUAGAAGUUGAAGUUGAUUCACCAACCCCUCAAUUUACUUCUUCAUUAUCACAUAUGGGUUUCGUAACACAUUCACAACAUAUGUCCGCUAGAGUUGUUGAAUUAAAGGUUGAUAAUGUAAAAAAAUCAGAUUCAGGUUAUACAAUGGACAUCACAUUACCACCACAUGCCAAUAUUUUCACACCAGGAAGACAUAAUUAUUUGUUCGUUCUAAACAAGGGUACCCCUGGUAAAACCGCCAUUGAAUUACAUUUAGAAACAGAAAAUUAAUUUUUCGGUUCAUGAGAAAUUAAUUAGAAAAAACAACAAAAACAUUUUUUUUCGAUUUAAUUUUUUUCUUGUUAAAUAAUUUGUUUUUAAUUGUAUUUUACAUUUUUUUGCAUACUUUUUGCAUUAACUUUCAUCUAGAGAAAACAUUUUUUUUUCAUUGGUUAAUUAUAAUAGUCAUGUAAUUUAAUUUCUGGGUGUUUUAUCGUGUAAAAAUUUUUUAACAUAGAAGCAUUUCUUUUUUAGAGCAUUAAUAAUUAAUAAUUUAGUUUUAUGAUCGAUGAUAUAUUAUUAUUUUUAAUAUUUUUUUUUUUCAAAUUUUUAUUUAUAUUUAGAAAAAAUCAUAAAAAAAAAAUUACACAUAAAACAUUCAAAUUUGCACUUUAUUUUUAGUUCACACUUUUUUUUUUCUUCAAAUGUAUUCGCAGCUGUGAAUUCAAUAAAUUAUUUCAAGAAAAAAAAUCAAUUGAUUU